AUGGGUAACAGAAAAUCUCGAGUUGAUGCUGCUGAAACAUUGAUUGUUUCAAACAGGGAACGUGAAAAAAGAUCAGAAGAACUUAGAAACGAUGACGAUAUAAAAUUAAUAUGGUGUUAUGAGCAGCUGAAUGCAUCAAAUGAAGAAAUGAAUAGAACAAAAGAAUUAUGGGGAAGGAUUGGUGAUUAUGUGUGCUUUCAUGAAAAUCAACAAACUUGUAUUGAUUAUAUGAAUACGAUUCAAGAGAAGAGAAUAAUUGUCGUUUCAUCUGGUCCAUCAGCUCUAGAAUUUGUAAAGAAAAUUCAUAGAUUAAAACAAGCUAUGUUUCGUUAA